UCCACAUUUCACAGCCUGCUCUUUUUUAACCACUUCCUGUCUGGACACUUUUACCCCCUUCCAGUCUGGACACUUUCCCCCCCUUCCAGUCCGGACACUUUCCCCCCCUUCCAGUCCGGACACUUUCCCCCCCUUCCAGUCCAGACACUUCCCCCCCCCCCCUUCCAGUCGGACACUUUCCCCCCCUUCCAGUCCGGACACUUUCCCCCCCUUCCAGUCCAGACACUUUCCCCCCCCUUCCAGUCCAGACACUUUCCCCCCCUUCCAGUCCGGACACUUUCCCCCCCUUCCAGUCCGGACACUUUCAACCCCCCUUCCAGUCCGGACACUUUCACCCCCUUCCAGUCCGGACACUUUCCCCCCCUUCCAGUCCGGACACUUUCCCCCCCCCUUCCAGUCCGGACACUUUCCCCCCCCCUUCCAGUCCGGACACUUUCCCCCCCUUCCAGUCCGGACACUUUCCCCUCCUUCCAGUCCGGACACUUUCCCCCCCUUCCAGUCCGGACACUU